AUGUCCAGUGUCGGAAUAAACACAAUUGUCGCAGACGGACUCUCCAUUUUCUACCGCACGGCCGGCUCUCCUACAUCGCCCGUGAUCCUCCUUCUUCAUGGCUUCCCGACCUCCUCUCACCAAUUCCGUCAUCUCAUCCCUCUACUCUCCCAUAAAUAUUAUGUGAUAGCCCCAGACCUCCCCGGUUUUGGUUUCACCCAAGUUCCCGCCUCAAGAAACUACCAAUACACGUUUGCCAAUAUCGCAACUUCAAUUAUAGCCUUCAUAGAUGCACUGAAGCUCACAAAGUUUUCGGUCUACAUCUUCGACUACGGCGCCCCAACCGGCCUCCGCAUCGCACUUAAACGGCCCGAGAGUAUCACCGCGAUAAUCACCCAAAACGGAAACGCAUAUACAGAAGGCCUUGGAGAAUUUUGGAACCAGAUCAAGGAGUUCUGGGUCGAAGAUACGCCACAAAAGAGGGAAGAGCUCAGCAAGGCAUUGCUAACUUUUGAUGCAACCAAAUGGCAGUAUGAGUUUGGCGUUACCGAUCCUGCUAGAUUGAGUGCUAUCGAGCCAGAGGGUUAUUAUCUUGAUCAGGCUUUGAUGGAGCGGUCAGGGAAUAAGGAUAUUCAAUUAGGGCUAUUCAAGGACUAUGAGAAUAACGUUGCGUUAUACCCUAGAUUCCAAGAGUAUCUUAAUGAGAAACAGCCGCCUGUACUUGCUUUGUGGGGAAAGAAUGAUGUGAUUUUUGUGCCAGCAGGCGCGGAAGCCUUUAAAAAGGACGUGAAGAAGGUAGAGAUCAAGUUCUUUGAAACAGGGCAUUUUGCCCUGGAGACACAUCUGAAGGAAAUUUCGUUGGCUAUAGUGGAAUUUUUGGGGAAUAAUGUAUAA